AUGAUGAUUUAUGAACGAAAUAGUAGUGCAACAACAAAUCAUUCACUUACAUUUGAUACGGGCAAAAAUCUACUUAAUUUCGAUUGUCAUUCCAUAGCCUUUAAUGAUCAAGAAACACGUCUUUUACUUGUCGGUAAUCAUGAUCUUGCAUUUAUUAAUUUCGAAACAACUACUUCACAAAUUGAUCAUAUAAUUGGUGAGGAUGGAAAUACCUUUAUACCAUCUUUAUCUGAUAUUAAAUUAGUAUCAUUAUUUGAUACAUGUAAUAUUAAUCGGCCAAUUGUUGAAUGGAAUCAUUGUGAUACAAAUCAAUAUGCUGUAGCUAUCGAUCGUAUUGUUCGUGUAUAUACUGUUGAUCAUUCACGUAUAAAUGAAACAAAUAUGGUUAUUGAUUCUCAUCAUCAACGUCCGAUUUCAACAAUAUCAUAUUCACCACAUGAUCCUUGUUUGUUAUUAACAGGAUCUCUUGAUGGACAGAUUCAAGUAUGGGAUACUCGCAAUUGUACAUCAAAAAGUCCAGCUAAUUUAAAAUUUACACAAUCAACACCAUUUAGUAUUCGUCGUAUUCAAUGGUCAUCAACAAAAUCUGAGAAUUCAAAUCAAUUAGCAGUUCAAUGUGAUCGUUCUAUACGAUUAUAUGAUAUACGACGAACAGAUUCAUGUUUAUUUUCUUCAACUGAUUUAGAACAUACACAACGUAUAAUUAGUAUGGAUUGGACAAAACAAAAUCAUUCAAUUGCUACACUUUCUUUGGAUCAUUCUAUAAGAAUGUUUUCAACAAGUGGUCAAAUCAUUGCAGAAUCAUUGCCAAAUGAACAAUCUCCUUAUACAUUUAGUAAAAUUCGAACAACUGCUUAUGAUAAUUUAUUUAUAUGUGCAUCACGCGAUACUACAGCAUCAGCAUCAGCAGCAAAUGGUUUUGUUGGUUGGCGUUGGGAUGAAGAUCAAUAUUUACGACCAUUAACGGAUCAUAUAUUAACAAUAACUCCAUCACCAAUUGUUGAUUUUUGUUUUGUUACAAAUCCACGUUUAUUAACUUUAUUUAAUAAUUAUUCAUCAUCUCGUUUAAAUGAUGAAUCAGUAAAUCGUUUUCUUCUACUUACUUGGUGUCGUGAUGGACAUUUAUAUUUAAUUGAUAUGGAUUCAACAUUUCGACAGGCAUGGACUAAUCAACAAGCACGUAGUAAAAAGAUCAGUCAAUCCGAUUCAUCUAGUUCAUCAAGUAUACCACGUACAUCAUCAAAUUUAAAUCGACAACAACAAACAACUCGAAUUAGUUCCACAAGAGCGCCAAUGGAUGCUAUUAAAGAUGAAGUAACUGAUGGUGGCGAAACUGAUGAUGAUGAUUUUCAAGGAGUGUCAAUGUCGCCAGACAAUACAAUGGAAUCUUCUGAUCCAAAUGAUGAAAUUAGCGAUUCCGUUUUAAAAAAGAAACUCCGUCAACAGAAUAUUUCAUGUAUUUCUAGACUUGAUCAAAGUAAUGAUACAGUAACAGAAGUAUCCGUUAAAAGUGAAUUAAAUUCUUUACAAAAUGAGUAUGGUCCAUAUAUAACUGUUGAAGGAAAAGAUGAACAACGUCGUAUGUGUGUAGUUCGUUGUUUAUAUUCAUCAGAUCAUUCUUUAUCAUUUCGUAUAUAUCUUUUUCUAUCACGUCAUUAUCCUACUAUAUCACAAUUAUUUGUUCGUUUUAAAUUAUCAACAAUAUAUUAUGAUGAACGUGUAAAACCAUUUCAAUCUCAUAUACAAAAGAUGUUUGAUGAAGUAUCAUCAAAUUGUUUUUAUCAUGGGCAAUUAUGUUUACAUAAAUGUUUAAUAAAAUUAAAAUCUUUAUUUGAUAUACAUCAUAAACAGGAAAAUAUACUAUCAAGUAUAGGAACAAUGACAGGUAAUUCAAAUAAAAAACGUGAACAAUCAUUAACAAGUUCGGAAAAUGAUUCAUCGAAUGGAAUACUCAAUGAUAGUAGUAAUAAUAUCAAUAAUAAUAAUAAUGCAAAUAUUAAUAAUAAUAAUAAUACGAAUGGUUCUAAUCGAAUAUUUGGUCCAUCAUUAUCAGCACGUACAAGUAGUAGUCAAACGUCAGGUGCUUCAUUUGGUCAAGCAAGUCGUCGUACAUGUGGUGCACGUUUUUCAAGUGCUACACAUUUAGUAUGUUUUGGUCAGAUAUCGAAUGGUCAACAAAUGAAUUCAGCAUCAAUUUUAGCUGGAUUAAAUGAUGGAUCAACAAAUCGACCACAAUCAUUACCUUUGCGUUCCACAAGUUUAACAGUUGCAAAAAGUCGAGAAAAUUCAACUUCCAUUGAACAAUCAAAUUAUCGACCACCAACAACAAAUACAAUGCAAAUUCAACAAACAUCCAAUGCACAACGUUUACCAAUGUUUUCAGCACCUGUUCGUUCAACAUUAGGCACAAGCGUAUUCAAUGAUCAUCAACGUAUGUCAUCCUAUCGUCCUUCACUAAGCCAAUUAAUUCAUCCAUGUUCAACUGUAUCAAUAUAUGAUGUAUCAAUAUUAUUACCUGUUAGUAAAAAAUUAGCUGAUGAUUAUAAAAUUGAGAUAAAUAAUCCAAUAUAUAUGUGUGAAGAAAAUGGAACUUUAACACAAGCAAUGGGUAAAGAUGAGUUAGCACAUUGUUGGCGUUUACUUAAUGGUUUAUUAGAUAUACAACCAAAUUUACAAGCAGAUGAUCCUUGGUUUCAAACACCAAUUGCUCAAGGCUUAAUCAAACAUUUAGUAUCAAAUUAUGUUAUGAAUGGUGAUAUACAAUCAGCAAGUAUGUUUCUUUUAACAAUGUCUCAAACACCCUAUUUAAAAACAAAAUUUCAAUCAAAAUUAAUUAAUGAACAUAAUAAUGAUCCUGUUUUAUAUUCUUAUGCAUGUUUAUUACAUCGUUGGAAACAUUUUUAUAGACGAACACAAAUUUUAUCUCAAAUUGAUCAUAAUUGUCAAUCACCUGCACCAAUAAAUCAAAUAUCACCAAUUACAACAGCUAUUAUAUGUUCAAUUUGUUUAAAACCUGUUUUAGGUCAACAUUUUUUAUGUGCAUCAUGUGGUCAUGGCGGACAUUUAACACAUAUGCAUGAAUGGUUUUCAUCUGACGAACCUAAACAUAGAUUAUGUCCAGAAAAAGAUUGUAUAUGUAAAUGUAUUUUAAAACAACAAGAAUUAUUAACAUUGAGUGCAAGUCAAAUGCAACAACAAACACCAACGAUAACAACACCACGAUCGUUUUUUGCUCGUCAACCAUCAGGUGGUAUUCGUCCCAUUAUUAUUGCAUAUUUAUUGAAAGUUAUGUUUGCACAACAACGAAUAUCUCCUCUAUAUACUGUACCUAUGUAUGGUUAUUCAGCUCAUAAAACAGUGCCUUAUUACUUAUCAACAAUGGAUAUCAAUUGGACUGAUACAUGGCCUACUAUUCGAACAAUACUUCUUAGUAGCAUAAUGUUUAUUUGUAGUUUAGCUGUUAUAGGUCUUGACAUUGCCAAUUUGGCAAUUGAAGGUUCAAAAACAAAUACAUCGCCAGAAAUAGGAAUGAGUCCUGCAAAGGUUGGUGCUGGCAUUUGGUGUGGAUCUAUAUCAUUCUUGGCUGCUCUUUUUAUUUUUAUGAUUAUUUUCGUACAAAAUAAACGUAUUGCAGCUACAUUUGCUUUAAUAGCAGUUACAUUCGCUUUCUUCUUUACAAUUGUUUUAGUUGGUCUUACUGCAAAUUCAAUUCAAAUCUAUAAACAUUCAAAUGUUGCUCACCCUUUAGAUAGACGACAAUACAAACUUAUUAUUGCUAUACUAUCAAUAGGUUUAUUUCUUAUGACAAACUGUAUAAUAUUCUUUCUUUUAUAUAUCCGUGUCUUUUUUUCAUCAUUGACACGUCGAUCAACAACAUAUUGA